GCUCUGCGCUGCCCGGGUUGUUUUGAACCCUAGCGCCGGGCUUAGUCUCCUGCGCCGCCUCCACGGUGACAAUCAAGGGGCGCCUAGUCGGCGCAGGGCACGGGUUGGACGCCGCGGGGCCCGCGCCGGGGCGCGGACGCUACGCUCGGAAGGGAAGGGGCGGACAAAAAAAGACCAAAUGGCCAAGCAACCUUCCGAUGUAAGUUGUGAGUGUGACAGAGAAGGUGGACAAUUGCAGCCUGCUGAGAGGCCGCCCCAGCUCAGGGCUGGGGCCCCUACCUCCCUACAGACGGAGCCCCAAGACAGGAGCCCGGCACCCAUGAGUUGUGACAAAUCAACACAAACCCCAAGUCCUCCUUGCCAGGCCUUCAACCAUUAUCUCAGUGCAAUGGCUUCCAUGAGGCAGUCUCAGGCUGAACCUCCGGACCUGCGCCCAGAGAUGUGGAUCGCGCAUGAGUUGCGACGCAUUGGAGACGAGUUUAAUGCCUCUUACCCGAGGAGGGCUGCAGUGAGGCCAGACAAGUCAGCGCUGAAGCUGCAGAAGUGGGCCUCUGGCUCGGGGACCCUGGUAACUGUCCACGGUCCAACCCCGGCGGGCUACCCAUCCAGGGCCCAGCUCAAAACCUGCCAGCCUAUCCAGAACACAAGUGGAGACAAUAUCACGGAUAUUCUUAAUAUCUGA